UCCCAGGGCGGGGAAUCGCGUAAUGGCGGACGCGUGCCGGGUGAUCGCGGCUGGGGGCGUAGCGCGCUGAGGGGGGGGGUCUGGCUGUGUGGCAGCCGGCGGGGCGGCCUGCGAGAGCAGACCCCGUGCAGAGAAAGGCGGCCGGCCAGCCCCUCCGUCUCUGAGGGCGACCGCACGAUACAAGGUUGUUUUUCAUCAUUCAGAACAUUGCCUGAAGCAGGUCCACCAUGCCGUUAGUAACGAGGAACAUCGAGCCAAGGCACCUGUGCCGUCAGACGUUGCCUAGCGUUAGAAGCGAGCUGGAAUGCAUGACCAACAUCACCCUGGCAAAUGUCAUCCGACAGCUGGGCAGCCUGAGUAAAUAUGCCGAGGACAUUUUUGGAGAGCUCUUUACUCAGGCAAAUACUUUUGCCUCUCGGGUAAGCUCCCUUGCUGAGAGGGUCGACCGCCUACAAGUUAAAGUCACUCAGCUGGAUCCCAAGGAAGAAGAAGUGUCACUACAAGGAAUCAACACCCGAAAGGCCUUCCGAAGCUCUACUGUUCAGGACCAGAAGCUUUUUGACAGAAAUUCUCUCCCCAUACCUGUCUUGGAAACAUACAACACCUGUGAUACUCCUCCACCUCUCAACAAUCUUACCCCUUACAGGGACGAUGGGAAAGAGGCACUCAAAUUCUACACAGACCCUUCGUACUUCUUUGAUCUUUGGAAGGAGAAGAUGCUGCAGGACACCAAGGAUAUCAUGAAAGAGAAGAGAAAGCACAGGAAAGAAAAGAAAGAUAAUCCAAAUCGAGGGAAUGUAAACCCACGUAAAAUCAAGACACGUAAGGAAGAGUGGGAGAAAAUGAAGAUGGGUCAAGAAUUUGUGGAAUCCAAAGAAAAGCUGGGGCCGUCUGGGUAUCCACCCACCUUGGUGUAUCAGAACGGCAGCGUUGGCUCUGUUGAGAAUGUGGAUGCAAGCAGCUACCCACCACCACCACAGUCAGACUCUACUUCUCCACCUUCUCCUUCCUUCUCUGAGGACAGCUUGCCUCCCCCACCAGCAGAAUUCAGCUACCCAGCAGACAGUAACCAAAGAGGGUCUGGCCUGGCUGGACCCAAAAGAUCCAGUGUGGUCAGCCCAAGCCAUCCACCACCAGCUCCUCCUCUGGGCUCUCCGCCAGGCCCCAAACCCGGCUUUGCUCCACCACCUGCCCCUCCGCCUCCACCUCCGAUGAUGAGCACUCCACCCCCACCACCACCUGGAGGAUUUGGGUCUUCAGGGACCCCACCACCACCUUCACCCCCAUCUUUCCCACCUCACCCCGAUUUUGCUGCCCCUCCACCUCCUCCCCCACCUCCGGCAGCUGACUACUCAACUCUGCCACCACCUCCCUUGUCCCAGCCAGCAGGAGGAGCGCCUCCCCCUCCCCCUCCUCCCCCUCCCCCGGGGCCCCCUCCUCCCCCUUUCAGUGGUACAGAUGGCCAGCCUGCCGCACCUCCGCCACUUUCUGAUACCACCAAGCCCAAGUCCUCCUUGCCUCCUGUGAGCGAUGCCCGCAGCGACUUGCUUUCAGCCAUCCGUCAAGGCUUUCAGCUGCGCAGGGUUGAGGAGCAGCGGGAACAAGAGAAGCGGGAUGUCGUGGGCAACGAUGUGGCCACCAUCUUGUCGCGUCGCAUUGCCGUGGAGUACAGCGACUCAGAAGACGACUCCUCUGAGUUUGAUGAGGAUGAAUGGUCGGAUUAACUCUUCUGCCUGCUGCCCGCCUCCUUUUUCUUUCCUUCCUACCUGCCUUCCUUGAUGCCUACCCCAGCAGUCCCAAAGGGAGAAAAGGGAGGAAAAAAAGAAUUUCAAGGGGCCAAAGCCUUCCCUGAAGCAACCAAAGAUAUAUCCAAGCACUUCUCCAAAUCACCAUGUAUUUCCCGUCUCCCCAUGGGGCUCCUGAGAGUCAGUAGCCUAGGAGAUGUUCCCUCCUCCCUUCCAGUGCUUGUUACUUACUGAGGAGAAGGAAAAACCCCAAAGCAGGUCCCUUUGAUUGGGUAUAAACCGAAGUUGGUGCCUUCCCCUAGGAGCCAUUUUCUGUGGUCUUCUUCCAGAAUCCUUGCCCUCAGCCACGUGGAAUAAUGCCAGCCAUCUUCUGAUCCUAAAGCCUGCGUGGCCACAGCUGGCCCCUUUCUCUUGCACUAAGGGGGCAGAGCAGGCCGCACUCCCCAGUGCCUCACCUUUCCGCUCUUAUUAGCAGGGUGGGGUGACUUUUUGUUAGGCCAUCUUUAUGUCUGGGUAGCCUUUAAUCCUGGAGCCAUCAAGCCCCUAAACAUCUCACCCCCCUCUGCUUAGAAAUGAUGCCUUUCUUAAGACAGGGGAGGUUGCCUCCGGCCCAGGCUUCCUCUCCUGAAUGUGAUAUCCUUGUGUCCCUUAAAUGCCCCUCCCUCACCACUAGGUGCCUUCAAGCACCAUAGCCCUGUUCUAACCUCUAACACUCGUGACCAAACUAGCCCUGACACACAGGGAUCUGGGCGUUCGCUGGCUGUCAGGAGCCAAGCUUCUAGAGACCUGGAACUGCAGGACUAGAAGAACGGUGGAACUCCUUGGGUCCUGCCUUCUUAACGAUGCUAAAGCCUAGAGAUGGGACGUGACUUGCUCAAGGUCGCACAGUUGGAUAGUAUCAGAGCUAGAGCCCAGAGUUCCUGGUUUCAAGUCACUUGUGCUUUCUGGGACCAAAUAGAGGGCACCUGCUGGAGCCCUGGCAGAGCAGCAUUGGCGCUGUACUACUGUGGACCUCACCAUAGCAGAGGCCCAGUAGAAGGGCUCAGGGCCCGUGCCAGGCCUCUCAGUGCUGCUUAGAGCCUUGUAGCCUCUUGUAAUUCUUUGCUCUCCCUUUCCUAUCACCAGCCAAGCACCUGGCCUGGAGAGCUGCCUUUUUGGGGGAACCAGAGGUAGUGAGAGAAGGAAGGGGCUAGGCAGCAGGACAGGUGCUGCUUUCAAUUCCCCUGCAGCUCCUCCCCCUUUUAUUUCCCCAGUUUAGGCAUUGAUUCUGCCAGCUGUAGAAACUUCAGUCCCUCAGGCUGGCAGCCGCCGCAGGUAGCUGCCUGGGGGGCCUGGCAGCCGAGGGGCAAGCUAAAGGCAGAAGGACUCUGGGUCUUGUCUUCAGCUCCCUUCUCACUGCAUACAGUGAUGUUCCCUCCCUCGCUCCCCCCUUUUCUCAGAGCUAAUACACAGGUGCUAUUAUUCAGAAAAAAACUGGUCAGCUUUGGCCAACAGUGAGGUUUCUUCUCUUCUGCCCUAACUAUUGUGUAGCCUGUUGUGCUGAAACUGGCUUUGCUGGCUUUCAGAGCCCUGAAACAAAGAGAAACAGGAUCUGUCUCUACCCAGCACAGCAAAUGGUUAUAGUAAUUGCCAAAGCCCUCAUAAACCCCUCCGGCUUGAGGAGAGCGUGUAAUCACGGGCACUGCCGCCAUGCCCUGGCUGAAUGCUCCCCCUCUGCUUGCCCUCCUUGAACUUGGGGCGUGGGGACUGAGCCUUUCGAGGCCAGCACGCUCUCCUGCAGGGGCUGCUCCGGAGUGUGCCCUCCUUCUUCUCCCCAGAUCAGGUGUCUCUGGCCCCAGGCUCCCGUGCUGAGCUGCUGAGCGUACCAGGCUGUGUGCGCUCCCACCUUGCUUCCCGCCCUGCGCCCUGGAAGCCGAGGGUGCUUUCUUUAGAGCUCUAAAAUGGCUGUUGAAGGUGCCCCCGGCUGCAGCCCAGCAGUGGCUGAAGCGCAGGCAGAGGGCAGUGGUUCUCCUAAAUAGGAGCCCUGGGGCCUGGCCAGGCCAGGCCAGGGUUUGGGCCUAAUGGCUUUGACUAAAUUAUCCCAUCCCCCUCCUUUCCGGAAAAGGGGGAGCCAGCGCCACUCACUAUCAUUCUGCUCUGACCUUGAAGGGGGCGGUGUUGGCCUGGCUUCUGGAAUGGACAGAGCCCGCCAUGGAAAGGGCUGGGGGCAGGAGGGGGAGGGGGGGCACUGCCUGCGGAAGGUAGGAUUAGAUCAUUAGCUCAGUGACCUCCUAGGGUUUCGAUGUGCUGUGUUCUCAUCCUACAGCUGGUUUGGUAAUGAUCUGCAAGUCCCGGAGAGCAACAGCACAGCUCUGCCUGACGCUCUCAUUAAAAUCUAUGCAGCCAAGCUCGGUGCUUUGUAGCAGCCGGCCUUGCGAAGCCUCCUCAGCUCGGGGGGCUGGGGACCCAGUCAGCCGAGAGGCCCUCUGGGCGCUACUUAUGCAUAUGUGCACCAAGAAAAAAAAAAAAAAAAAAAAAGCUUCUUUAAACCUAGAGCCCUUUAAGAUGAUAAAGGACCCUGUGCAGGUAAUUGUGUGUCUUUGGAAUCCUGUAAUUGUAGAAUGCGAAGUUUAGUGAUUCUCUAAACUGGGCUAAGGCUGGUAAGAGUAUGGAGCAGUGGCCCCUGAGGACUCCAAGGGCUGAAGCCAAGGAGCCACCCCCCCCUUCCCUGGUCUGCCCAGCCCAGGGGACCUGCCCCAUUCCUGUGGCCCAGGGACCCAGCUUCCAGUCAGCAGUGUCAAAAGUGACCUGUGGCUCUGCCGUGGCUGUGAGACGAGUACAUUCCAAAGGAGCAGCCACGGGGAGGGGGUAGGCGCAGCCAUCCCUUGGAGGCUCAGAGCAGCUGGCCCAGGCUCCAGCUCGCCUUCAACAGAAGCUCAAGCGUCCUCAGAAACGACCCUGGCCAAUGUCACCGCAGAGCUAUGGCGGUGUUGUCAGGGCUAAUGUGAAAUCUCUUCCCGUGGCGCCGAUCCUCCGGCUCUGCAGCGCCAGCUCGAACAGAUUGAGGUCUCUGUGGCUUUGGUGACCCUGCUUAAGCAUUCCCACCGUGUCCCAGCUCUGCUCUCAGCCUGCCUCCCGCUGCACCCCCCUCACCUGACCUUAGGCCUAGGGAGGGGGGGGCAGUGCCCCAAGGCCAGGGGCUUCUGCUCGGAGAGCUGUCAGGCUUCCUGAGGACAUCAGGCUUUGAGGUCCAACCAACUUGGGGUCCAGCUGACCUGGGACCAGCAGUGUCAAAAGUGACCUGUGGCUCUGCCGUGGCUGUGAGAUGAGUACAUUCCAAAGGAGCAGCCACGGGGAGGGGGUAGGCUCAGAGAUGUGCCUCAUCCUGUGCUUCAGGAAGGGCUAGGGAACAAUUUUGUUAUUGUAUUAACUUUACUCAGUUAACUCACUUGAGAAAUUAACCAAUUUUUACUUUCUGUCUAGAAUGAUGUAUGUGUAGGGAAGUAAGCCGUAAUGUUCCCAAAGUGCCUUGUUUUCUCUGAUAUAAAUAUAUUUAUAAGGAUCUGGUCCA